UAAAAACUUAUAUAUAUAUAUAAAAGAGAUGAAACAAUUUGAAGCUUUUAUAAUAGAAAAAAACACAGCAUGUAUGCGAUUAUUCUAAUUUAUGCUUUAUAUUUCGUUGCUAAUGGAAAGUUUGGACAUGUAUCAGCAAGAAUGAUGAAUCCAGAAAAAUUAUCAGAUCCAUUAGAUUCAAUGAUAAUUUCCUUUAAAAAUUUAACAGGUCAUGAUAUCCACAUAACCCAGAAAUCAAAUAAUCGAACUUCAUGCAACGGUACAGAUAAAUGUGAACUUCAAAAACCAAGCAAAAAUGUUUCUAUUAACUCUACGAGUUUACCUCAUACACAAGUUCACAACUCUACAGUAGCUCCCCAUGUUUCAACGACAACACAUCAGAAAAUUUCACAAAAUGAUACAAAUCCAUUAGAUUCAAUGAUAAUUUCCUUUAAAAAUUUAACAGGUCAUGAUAUCCACAUAACCCAGAAAUCAAAUAAUCGAACUUCAUGCAACGGUACAGAUAAAUGUGAACUUCAAAAACCAAGCAAAAAUGUUUCUAUUAACUCUACGAGUUUACCUCAUACACAAGUUCACAACUCUACAGUAGCUCCCCAUGUUUCAACGACAACACAUCAGAAAAUUUCACAAAAUGAUACAAUUACCCAUGUAACAAAAUCAACUCCUGUUGCACCUAGUAAAACAAUACACACUACACCUAAGUCAUUUCUAAAAAAAGUUGGUGAUGGAUUUUUCGAUUUGUUCAGUGAACAAGAGUUUCAUCCAAUAAAUCAAAAGAAUUAAUUAUACCAUUACAAAAAUGUCAUUCACUUGAUUGAAGGAGUUAUUUGUUCAAUUUCUGGUGAGUUCAACCAGUCAUGAUCUAUUUACAGUUUAUUUUAUUAACCUUUUUUCAUACCAUACAAAUUUUUUUUAGAGGCGUAUGAUAGUAGUGGAUUAUUCUUUCAUGCCUUAGUCAUGAUAUUUUGUAUGUAAUGAGGAUACGUUACUUCAGAAUUGAACUUUACAACUGCUGUUAAGAUCAAUGGCACUGAAUUCGUUGAUUUCAUACAAAAUAAUUAUUACUAUUGUUUGGAAUUAAUCAAAUAUUUAUUUCCUUGAGUGUGUUAAUCAUAUUCUAUUAACCCUUCAGAACUCAGAAGAACAUGAGCACAAAUGAAUGAGUUUUAUGAUAUAUAAAGCUAACUAGCAAGAAUGUACAAAGUAUUCAUUGUCUUAUAUAAGCUACACAGACAUCUUUAUCAGUAUUCAGAUGACUCAAUUUCAAUUUACCUGUGAAAACAAUAUGCAUCAUUAUAAACAUAUUCUCAAACAUUUUAUAAACGAUGGACUACAAAUAAAAGUAUUAAAAAUAUGCAGCUAUAGGAGCGGAUUAACUUCCAAGAUCUUUCAUUUAUUUAAUAAUUUUAGGUACCUUUUCAGAUCAUCAUUCUUGAAUUUAAAGAAUAUGAAAACUUUAUUACUGGGAAGUUAAAUCAUUUACUGUCAGUCGUUUUGAGCAUUCAGAAAAAUAUACGCUGGAAUAUUCACUAAACAAUGUUACCUUUACAAUAAAUUAUCAGAUAAUUUUCAUUUUGUCUUAUUUUUAUUUAACCUUACUAAUAACAAUGAACAAUCGAAAUAAAUAUCAUUUGAAUAAUGUUGUUAUACUUUGCUUGUAAUACGAUGUGAUAUUUGUAUUAAGUGAUGAUUAUUUUGUGCUUGAUUGGGCGCUUAUUAUGAAUUACAAUUAUAAUACGUUCAGUUUUGCUCA